UGUUAAUUAUCAUCUGAAACAUACAAUUUCCCUAUAACUACUUGGACGGUGUUGCCAGUUAAAAGAUUCUAUAAUCUUUAUUUCACUUUAUGGUAAACUGCCAAAACUUCCUUUUCCUUGUGGCAUGGUGUCGGCAUAAGGACCCAAGAUGCAGAUUUUCGUGAAAACCCUCACGGGGAAAACCAUCACCCUCGAGGUUGAACCCUCGGACACCAUCGAGAAUGUCAAAGCUAAAAUACAAGACAAAGAGGGAAUCCCUCCGGACCAGCAGAGAUUGAUCUUCGCCGGUAAACAGUUGGAGGACGGUCGGACCCUCUCAGACUACAACAUACAGAAAGAAUCCACACUGCACCUGGUGCUGCGGCUCAGAGGAGGAGCCAAGAAACGCAAGAAGAAGAACUACUCCACACCCAAGAAGAUCAAGCACAAGAAGAAGAAGGUCAAGCUUGCAGUACUCAGGUUCUAUAAGGUGGACGAGAACGGCAAGAUCCACCGUCUGCGGCGCGAGUGCACGGGCGAGCAGUGCGGCGCCGGAGUGUUCAUGGCCGUGAUGGACGACAGGCACUACUGCGGCAAGUGUCACUCCACCAUGGUGUUCAAGGAUGACGAGAAGUAGGCGAGUGAGUGUGAUCCCGCUCGCUCGCUGUGUAUGAUGGAUUGUAAUAAAUCUUGACACAGUGUCUGAGCGCC